AUGAAGGUCAAUGAAUAUCAUAUAAAAGUGCUAGGUUUUGCAGAUGAUCUUAAUAUCAUAGGAGAAACAUUGGAUGAUACAGUGAGAGCUACUGAAGCAUUAAAACACGCAGCAGAACGAAUAGGGCUACACAUAAACGCAGACAAAACAAAAUUAAUGGAACUAUUAGACAUGGAAACAUCGCUUGAUGUUUUAGAGACGUUUCCAUAUGAAAAAGUCGAACAAUUUCAGUAUCUAGUAUGGACUACUACAAGUAUUACAGAACGACGACUAAAGACUUUUGAAAACAAAAUAUGGCGAAAGAUAUGUGGCCCGGUUAAAGACCCAAGGACAGAUCAGUGGCGUAGGAAGUUCAACCAAGAAUUGAAGGAGGAAUUAAAAAUAGUAUCAAUAAAUGGUUUCAUAAAGAGACAAAGGAUACAAUGGCUAGGACAUGUCAUGAGGCGGAAUUCUGAUGCAGUAACCAAAAUGGUACCUACUGAAUUGGAAACCAGAAGGAAAAAGGCCACGGGGUCGUCCUCGGAAGAGAUGGUUGGAUGUUGUAGAAAAGAAUUUGGAAGAUCUUGGAGUGCAGGAUUGGAGGGAGAUUGUGCAAGAUCGUGA